GUCGUCGCCGAUGGCUCAAGACGGCUUGUCGAUACGCAGUCCGGACGACCAAGUGUCACCGAGGCUCUGGCGAGAACAGAAGCGCGAAUCAUCGCCGCCGCCGCCGCAGCAGCAGCAACAGCAGCCGCGCGAUUGUCCUUCGAGCGGCGUCCAGGUCGGCGCCCACGUUGCCAGGGGCUCGGACGUGGUGUUUGUCUUCCAUUUCGGCGAUGGCAGCAGUCAGCGCGUGGAGCCGGCCGGCAGGGCGUCUCAAGAAGGCACCGGAUCGAUGACACAGUCCGCUGCCUCGGCCGUCGUGACCCAUCACUACAAGCGCGGAGGACGUUUCUCGGUGUCGGUGACGGCCAGCAACCCGCUGGGCAGCGUGACCAGACUCAUCGAUCGGUCCGUGUACGUGGGCAGCCCCGCCGAGGGCCUGACGCUCGAGCCGAGCGACUACGCCGUGGUCGCGGCCGGCCGUCGCGGCUCGUUCCGGGCCGCGCUGCGUCGUGGCGCAAACGCCACCGUCGACUGGGAACUGCGCUCGGUCCGGCGACACCACUGCGCCGGCUGGGCAGCUGCGUGCCAGGAACACCGGCAUCACCUUCGAGCGCGUGUUCGAGUCGCCUGGAACCUACCACCUAGUGGCCGAAGCAAGCAACCCGAUCACCGAAGGGCUGCAGCUUCCUCGACCCAGGGCUGAAGUCAAGAUUCUCGUGCAAGAGUUGUUGCGAGAGGCGUCCGUGUGCGUCGGGACGCCCCCUGCUGCCGAGACGUGCGCCCCCGCGGAUGUGACGUUGCCCUUCGAGAAACGGCUUCUUUUGCGCGCCUCGGUGGCGCCUGCCACGGAGAAG